GCUUCCUCCACCUUGGAGCGCAUCCUCGACUCCUGCGCCUCCCCAACGCCAGCUGCAUACCCCCUUGAUGGGGAUUCUCUUUGGCAAAAGAAGUGAUGUCUUGCGAAUGAUAACAUUGUCAUUUUUCUCCCUCCCCAUCCGUGGCCGAUAGGGGCAAUCCGAUCCCAACAAAGUCAGCCAUCAUGGCCGUCUUCUCCCUCAUUAUCAUCAACAAAGCCGGCGGAUUGAUCUACCAGCGCGAAUUCCAGCCCGGGUUAAACAAACUCUCCACGAACGAUUACCUCGUUCUCGCGGGGACAUUUCACGGUGUCCACGCCAUUACCCGUUCCCUAACACCCAAACUCCCCUCCGCGCCAACAACAGCCUCAGCAACAUCCGGAACAUCGACUCCCACGCCCGCCGGGCCAGCUGCCUACUCAUAUCCAAAUCUGGGACUGCCACCCUCGGGUCUUGAGGUCCUCGAAACGGACAAAUUCCGUCUGACGUGUUUUCAGACUCUGACGGGGACAAAGUUCCUCCUGUUCACGGAUCCGCUUAUGACAAAUGUCGAUGCGGUGAUAAAGAAGAUCUACGAGCUGUUCGCCGAUUAUGUCUUGAAGAAUCCGUUCUAUCAGCUGGAGAUGCCCGUGCGAUGUGAGGCUUUUGAUAGGCAUUUGGUUGGUUGGUUGAGGGGGCGGGCGUAGAACUAGAGCUCCUCUGUCCGCAUACGUGUUGAUACUAAUUAAAUUAAUCGGUCUCUUUCUUUCUGGCGCUACACCAUUACUUUUUCAUUUGUACAUACUUU